CGUUUCGAGUGAUCUCUUCUCUCGAUUUCUCAUUCGAGCAGUUCGGCGCGAGUUCUGAAGAAAUGGCUGAGGUUUCCACUUUAAGAUCUGUGGUUCAUCUUUCAAUCAGUGUGUCGCAGAUUUGCUUGUUGGUCUCUGUUAUGUAGUUUGGGGAGCUUCGGGUGGUUUAUUUUGGCUUGUUGGAGUUCCUCUUCCGGUUCUGAUGAGAGUUUCUGCUGAAUAUGGGGAAGUUUCCUUCCCUAGGCGUCUGCUUUAGAUCUUUUGGUUUCUCUCACCAAAUUUAGCGGCGAUCUUCGAGCGCUCUGCCGACAUCUCCACUACUACUACUACGAUGAAAAGGCCUUUUCGCCCGCUCUUCAGUUUACUGCUUCUUAUUGUGAUUGUCUCCACCCUGAGCUCCAGAACUGUGGUUCGCCGGAGCUUCAGUUACCUUCAGCAGGAUAAUAAUGUCUCGCUGGAACCAUCAGUGCUGGGAUUGAAUUCAACGCUGCUUCAAUUUGCGGCAAUUGAUGUAAAUGAGGCAAACGAUAAGAAAGAAAUCGAACAUUUGCUCGAAGGGAACUUUGGCAGCUCGGGGCGGUACCGUUCUUUCUCAUCUUGGCAGCAUUCCAAUUUCCUUAACCCUCGGACGAGAUCUUCUACUGGCAGACUAUCAUUCCAGCUCCGCUCUCCGAAGUACUACAGAAUUUGGUUGGAGUUUCGAAAGUCCCUCCGCGAUUGGUCACGGAAUAAAUGGUUCCAACCAGAUAUCAUGUUGGAUUUGAUCGACCUUGUCAAACAUCCUAUUGAUCGGCACUAUGGACUGCCCGACUCCAACGGCCGGUAUGCUUCUUGUGCAGUUGUGGGUAACAGUGGGAUUUUGCUCAAGGCUGAGUAUGGAGAGCAGAUCGACAGCCACGAUAUUGUGAUCCGACUGAACAAUGCCAGGACUGAGGGGUUCCAACGCAAUGUAGGAUCCAAAACCAAUAUCUCCUUUGUGAACAGUCAUAUCCUGCAUCGAUGUGCACGUAGAGAAGGCUGCUUCUGCCAUCCCUAUGGGGAAAAGGUCCCGAUGGUGAUGUACAUUUGCCAGGCUGUGCAUUUGAUCGAUUACACAAUCUGCAAUUCUUCUCACAAGGCUCCUUUGCUAGUUACAGAUGCCCGCUUCGAUAUCUUGUGUGCUCGGAUUGUGAAGUAUUACUCUGCAAAAAGUUUUGUAGAGGUAACGGGGAAGUCUCUGGACGAAUGGGCACUUGUCCAUGAUGCUAACCAGUUUCAUUAUUCUUCUGGUAUGCAAGCUAUCAUGCUAGCGUUGGGAACCUGUGAUAGAGUUAGUAUCUUUGGGUUUGGAAAGUCAGCACAGGCGACGCACCAUUAUCAUACCAAUCAGAAGGCCGAACUUCAUUUGCAUGAUUACGAGGCAGAGUACGCCUUUUACCAUGACUUGGUUGAGAGACCGCAGGUAAUACCGUUCCUUCCGGGCAAGUUCAAGGUUCCUCCUGUGGUCAUAUACAAUUAAAUUAUUUCCACAUGAAAACUUCUGUGUUCUCUGGAAUGAGUUCAUUGAUCGGCAAGUUUGACUUCCACUGUAUUUGUUGUAACAAUAGGUUCCCGCAGCUCCCAGGAAACGGGACAACAGAAAUUGUAAUUCUCCGAAAGACCCCGUGGGGAGGGGAAAAUUAAAUUCAAAAUUUCCUAAAAGACCCAGUACUAGCCAAGUUAGUAUUGGGUGUUACUACAUGUAAGAUUGCAAUCGUGAAAUGUGAGUUCAAGCUUUUAGUAGGAUGUUGUCAUGUAUACCACUGUAUUCCCUAAUUUCUAUUGUGAUUGAAAUUUUAUACUCUGUAUGAUAAAGACUUCAA